AUGGCAGCCAAUAUCAGCCAAAUUCCUCCUACGGCGCUCGAGUCCAUGCUCCAUUUCAGAUGUUUUCUGAGGCCGUCCACUCGAUUCAUCAUGCCGCUCCACUGUCAAGCAGGAGAAACCUGCGCCUCAGACAUCAAGCAGCCCGGGCAUCCUUUUGGUAUUGCGACAGUUGCGGCAACCUCAACAAUGCAGCGCUGGCUUCGGACAGAUGCACUAUAUGUGGACACCAUAAGUGUGCCGGUUGCACUGAUGCUUGAAUUCAGAGCGACGCUGGAUUUCCUACCAAGUAGGAAGUACGGGGCUGCCGAGGCUUCGAGAGCCGAAGUUUAA